GGCGAACGUUGGGACCGGCGCCAUUUUGUAGAGUGGGGGGCAGCAUCGUCGCGCUCUAUUCAAAAUAAAACAAACAGUUUAAACAUAAAUACGCGAGGCGAGCGGUGUUUGCAUAAAGCGAUUACAGUAGAAAGGGAAGGGAGGAACAGAGAGCAAAAUGAAGAUAUUUGUGGGCAACAUCCCGACUGAGGGCACGGUGGAGGAGUUGCGUACGCUCUUCGAGUAUUAUGGCACGGUGCGGGAGUGCGAUAUCAUCCGGCACUACGGCUUCGUGCACAUGGACAGCCCCGAGGAGGCGGCGCAGGCUAUCGCCGCGCUCAACCAGUACGAGCUGCACGGCCAGAAGCUCAACGUGGCCGAGUCGCGGCCUAAGCCCCCGAUCUCCGCGGCCGUCACCAAGGUCUACGUGGGCAACCUGGCGGCCAGCUGCAGCAACCAGGAGCUGCGGGCCAAGUUCGAGGAGUACGGCCGCGUGGUCGAGUGCGACAUCGUCAAAGAUUAUGCUUUUGUCCACAUGGAAAAAGAGGAAGAUGCAAUCAAAGCAAUAGCCAGCCUAGACGGCCAGGAGUUCCUAGGGAACAAGCUCAGGGUGCAGCUCUCCAGGUCGACCUAUGGGAAAUCUGGUGGGCAGCGGGAAGUAUGUCAGCGUUGCGGAAGGCAGGGCCACCAAGCUCGAGAUUGCCACUCGCUGCGCCUCAAUCAGUACAGCCAGUACCAGCUGGCGUCCCAAUACUACCCCUCUUACUAUUCCUAUUACGACUACGAUUACGGUCACGGCUCCUAUUACGACUAUUACGAAGAUUACCAGACGGCCACCGCGGCCGCUGGUUAUGCGACUCUCGAUUAUGGAAGAGAGAGGAGCCCUAAUCGUCUUGCCUCGUCUGCAGUGACCACCAGUAACAACUCCCUGUAUGAGCGCACCCGCCUCUCGCCGCUCACGGUGCCAAAAUAUCAAACAGAGAAAUACAUGGACGAAAGCCUCAGGUACAUAGCCGUAGCACGCAAGCAGGCGGCGGCGGCAGCAGGGCACGCCGCCCUUACUUCUGCAGUGGGGACAGGGGAGAGCAUGGCGGCCUCGGCAGCGAAUAAUGUCGUUUACGUCGCUGCUGCUGCGUGGAAUACGGUGGCACCCGUUGAAGACUCUUCCCUUGGGACUGCCCAGGUGACGGAGCAGUAAUGCCACACCAGGCAUCCUGUGGGCUCCACAGUAUGAUCAGUACGGCUACGCUUAUUCCACCGAACCCCACUAUUGCCCAAUGAACCGACGAUUUCCUCCUCCUCCUCCUCCUCCGCCGCCGCCGCCGCCGUCCGACCGGAAGUUUGCUCUCUCCAGACGAAUACACGACCCGCGCGAUCGUGGCACGAACAGCGCCGUGGCAUUUAAACAAAAAAAAAUUAUAUAUAUUAUAUCUUUCUCUCUUUCUCAAAACAUAUAAUCUCUGCAGCUCCACCGUGUGAUCCGUAGGUUAUGUGAACACACUUGACGCUUAUCUCUCUCCCUGAUUGUGAUUGGAUGCUGUUCCAGGGGUUUUAUUUUUGGUUCCGUUUUCCGGACAUCUCCCUGCACCCAAACCCAAUCCCUCCCCCCUUCCGAAAAAAAAAUCUCUCCGUACAAGUCCUACAGAUCUCUCUGAAUGCAAGUUGGCAAAAAGGCGCCUUCAGUAACUACUUCCCAGCACGUUUUAAAGGGGGGAGCCUGUUCCAUUAAUUCACCAUGCAGGUCCCUCAAGUAGCGAUGGGUUCGCAGCCCCUUUACUGCCUGUAGGUGGGCAGCUUUGGGAGGAGCUGCUCUUGCUGUGGCACCUUGUUGCCUGGGGUUCAGAAGCUCGGAGCUGACCCUGGGGCCUCUGGUGCUUGAAACUAGCUGGGAUUCCAGCCAUUCCUCUGGCCCUGCGUCGUCCCCACCGGUGGCUUCUUCUACUUGCAGUUGGCACGGUGACUUGGUCCUCCAGUUUGGCGAUUGCAUGGUGAAGCAGAGCAGGCUUCCCCUUUUAAAUAUUCGUCGCUUCUGAAUCGUACCACCACCACGAUUGAUACAAAAAAAAAAGAAAGAGUAGCUUUACUGUCACUCUCUCCCUCCCCAUUUGUCUCAGCCACACCCAACAUGUCGCCACAGUUGGUCCAGUCCCCAGGUUGCACGGGAGCAGUUGUUCUGCCUGUGCUUGUGCUCUCUUCGUUUUUGUUUUCCUUGUCACUCUUGUUUCUCUGCAGCCUCUGGACUCGGGUGAGGGUUGGGCAGGAGGGGGCGGAGAGCUGGUGGUGGGGGUCAGUCAGGGGUGGGGUGUGUGGAUGACCUGCGCAGUGUCAGUCAGGGUUCAGUGAUGCCGUUGUGUGGUCUACCUUCUCCAGUUAGUGCCCCCCUCCCCCACCCCACC